AUGAAUCAAGCCAACAUUAAUGGUGGAGAACAUCAAAAUGAUCAAAAUGCCGAAUUCAUUAAGAAUAUAAUCGAAGGAAUAGAUCCAUUUACUACAGCACAGUACACCGGAGCUCCACAGCAAACUCCACCUUUACCAGAAAUUGUAUUUUUGGGAUCUUC